GCAUUCUAUCCUGGACUUUGGCUCUACUGGAACACCGACAGCCCCACCCCACGACACAGCCAUCUUCCCCAAACCUCUCACCCAGCCCGUCUCAGGACUGAGAGAGCCAGAGGGAGCCUGACAAGGCUGGUUCCUCACCUGAGAGACAGCAAGCCUAAGCCGUGGCCUCAGUCCCUGACCCUCUCCUUCCCCUGUGGAGCCCGGCAUGUGGGGCUACCUGUCCCUGCUCCCUGUCUUCCUGGCCUUCUGGGCUAUUGCUGGCAUCUGGACCGUUUUUUCGCUUGCGGUGGUCCACAAGUCAGUGAACCUCACGGAAGGCUUCCCCUAUAUCAGUCGAUGUGGAAAUUACCCCCCUGAAAGCUGCGUCUUCAGCCAGGUGCUCAACGUGGGAGCUGCUAUGGCUGCCUGGAUCUGCAUUCUCCGUUACCACCAACUUCGGGACUGGGGGGUCAGAAAGUGUCCUAACCAGAUGAUCCUGUGGACGGGGCUCCUCUGUGCCCUGGGUACCUCUAUAGUGGGCAAUUUUCAGGAGAAGAACCAGCGGCCCGUGCACCUGACGGGGUCCUUCUUUGCCUUCUUCGUGGGAGUCCUCUACUUCUGGCUGCAGGUCCUUCUCUGCUGGCGGAUGAAGAGCCUGCCCCAGCCUGGGGCUCCUUGGCUUGGGCCUCUCCGCCUGGUCCUCUGCAGCCUCUGCAGUAUCCUCAUAGUGACCAUGGUCGUCCUCCACGUCUGGCUACUGCGUUCAGCCUCCGCUGCCUGCGAGUGGGUCGCCGCCAUGCUGCUAUUCAUCCUCUUCGGCCUCUUUGCCGUGGACUUCUCCAGCCUGGGUCGCUGCACCCUGCAUCUCCAGCCGGGCCCCAACAGCCUCAGCCCCCCGGCCUCCCCCAUCUCCCUGCAGGUUCCGCUGUGAACCGCUGAUCAGCGCAGCAUCUUCAUACCUCCAGUUCCCGCCAUCUGGUUCCACCUCUGCGGUCAGGGCCACCAAGGAAGCGAGAGGCCAAGGCCAGCCAGCCAUCCCUGAUCAAGGAUAUUUAUUAUUAUUAUUAUUAACUUUUUCUUUUUUGCCGCCGGCGGAAUCAGAGACACAGACGCAGGCAGGAUCACGCGAAAUCAGAAUUCCUUCCGGAGAGCAAAUCCGUACAGAAGGUUGUGGGGGCCGGGAGAGGACCAGGAGAGGGGGGCCCAGGAAGGGGGAGUUGGGGACACAAGGACAGAUGGCCCUGUCCGUCCGGAUCUGCUAAGCCACCCCAACCAGCCCCCGUCCCUCCCCCACCCCAUCCCGCAGAGAAAUUGAUCAAUAAAUAAAAUAAUAAAUUAAUCAAUAAAUAAAAUAGAAACAGCUCCCCCACCCCCAGUCCCCCCUAGAACCACCUGCUGUUGGGCAUGGCCCCCUGAGCCCCAUCCCUGCAGGGCAAGGCCAGGUUUGUUGUGUCUCCCCCUCCCUACAUACUCCAUGGGCCCUAUUUACAGAUUCACAGUUGGGGGGCAGGGAAGGGGGGUGGAGGGGGCGCCCCUCCUUCCCCGGCCCCCUGGGGUCAGGGCAGGGGUGUCCCGUUGGUGGCCAAGAGCUUCUUGUCCUUAGGGGGACCUCGGCGGGGAGAACUGGUCAGCUCUGGGUCCGGGCGGCCAGGCGGGGGCUGCAGGCUUCGGGGUGGAGUACCGGCAGGCCGGGGUGGGGCACCGGCAGGCCGGGUCUGGGUGCCGUUCUUCUCGUCUGUGAGGGAGGAAGCGGUCUGGCCUCAGGAACCCCAAGGCUGCCAAGCCCCAGGGCAGGGGAGGCAGCUGCCAGGGGUCACACACACACCAGCAAUCAGGCCUGGCUUCCCUGGAACCAUCUGGCACAUGUCUCCGGUGCCCUCUGACCCUCAUGGCUUGGGAAACUGGGCCCAGCUCAGGACACACCCUCAGAGACUCUGAUUACAACCCUCCUUGCUAAGGGAUGCUGGUCUCAGCAACAGAUAAGAUUCGAGUCCCCCAGAGGAUGGCCAAAAGGCCAUCUUACCUUCCUGCUGCUUUUUAGGGAGUCUUGGUAAUGGGGCCUAGGGGAGCCUACAGCAGUUUUGGGGGGAGGUCCUGGGCUCUCCUAGUCUGGCUUGAAUGAUUGGGGUCACCUGACUGCCCCAGACUAGGGAGCUGCCUGGGCAGCACUGGUUGCCAGUGGUCAUCCAGCAACUUCUGUGGGUCCCCAGACAGUACCUGAGGUCCUGGGGCAGAAACCAGCCCCCUUAAGAGACACUGAUUGCUGGAGGCCUUGUUGCCAUAGGAACCAAUAAGUCAGCCGGUCUUCAGGGCAGACCCAGAGGUGCCCCCCUGCCCCACUCCCCUUGUAAGGCCUGUGGCUCUGGCCCUUGGUGCCUGUGGGUCCUACAUCCUUGGGGGUGUGCCCUUUUAGGAACUCUGGUUGUCAUGGAAACCGGGUUCGGGUGGGGCCUUCCUCACAUUCUGGUUGCCCCGGGGAACCAGGCCCUAUGGAGACCAGCAGAGACCAGUUUCUCCACCUCCCCACUUGGGCCACUUGGGGCCAGGAACUUGUGUCGCAGGAGCCAUCCUGCGCACUGUAGGACGCGUCCCAGCAUCCCUGGCCUCCACCCACAAGAGGCCACAAGCAUGCCCUUCCCCCGCAAGCUGAGACAACCACAAAAGUCUCCAGCCGUUGCCAAAUGUCCCCCAGGGGACUGUGGUAGGCUGAACAAUGCCCCUCUCCAAAGAUGCCCCACUCCUGAUGCUGAGAAGCUGUGAAAACGGCACCUUACAAAGCAAGGGACCCUGCAGCUGUGAUUAAGGUUAGGACCUCCAGGUGGGGAGGCUAUUUGGGAUUACCUAGGUGGGUCCUUAAAAGAACCUUUCCCUACUAAGAGCAGGGUCAGAGGGAGACAGGGCCACAGAAGGACGUCAGGGAGAUGCAACGUCACCCUCUUUGAGGAUGAGAGAGGGAGCCAUAAGGAGCAGAUGCAGAGGCCUCUGGGAGCCGGAAAGGCAAGCCCCGAUUCUCCCCACACCCCCACCCUGAGUCUCCAGGAGGGAGUCCGGCUUUCCCUCUGGGCAUCUUGGUGUUGGCCCAGUGAGAGUGUGCAGAACCCCUGACUUCUAGGACUGUAUGACAAUAAGCUGAUGUUGUCUGAACCACGGAGUUUGUGGUUGGUUGUGACCAUGUCGUCGUUGUCCUCUGGUUGCUAGAGAAUUCUGCUGCUGAUAGCCAGGGCUGGUGGGCACAGGGAAGCCCCUUCCCCCUGCAGCACAGACCUCACUCACUCCCAGGGGACGCCUGAGUCCUUGAAAACCAGGCCCAGCAAGGCCAGAAGACAGGGUGCAACUGGAAGUCUCGUAUCCCCAGAACCUCUCAGUCCCGGACCAACUGGGAUGGCUGGUCACCCUCUCCAGAAUACAGUUCAGGAGCCUCUGUUGGCAGGAAGUUCCAUUACCUCCAGAGAGCUGUCAUCCUCUCAGGGACCCCUGGAGGUCCCCUCCGUAGCAAGGCCUUCUCAGCGUCAGGAUGGCCUGGUUCCCACAAGCGCAGGCCCCAGCCUCUCCAGGAACCUGCUCCCAGCACUGCAGGUAGGAGCUGAAGGCAGCAGCACGUGGUCCCCGCUCCCCACAGCAGAAGCCUCGCCAGCAGCCCAAACCCAGACACCGGCACCAGGAAGCGAAGCCCCCCUCCGCCCCUCGGGAACCGCGCGGCGCCACCCACCUGCCAGGGCCUGCACAGAGGGCUGGUCAUGGGUGCUCAGCAGCUGUGCCUGGAUGGUCUCCACAACCCGCUUGAACCGCCGGCUGGGCCCUGGAAGGGGCAGGGAGACAGACUGAUGGAUCAAAAUCCAGUAUGUUAUGGCAGGGUGAGAAAAACUCAAACACAAAAUUUCUCUCUGCCUAUUUGGGGCCGCCUCCCUUCCCCUCAGCGUGUGCUGUGCUUCUGCGUUGACCAGACCUCCUUAGGAGACAGCCUUCCUUAAUCCUGGAAGGGUCCACGGAGACCCAGGAACCACACCACUCACUUUGUACGCGUUAAUACGUCCUUUAACGUACAGCCCUCUGUCUCAAAAUCUUACAUAACUGUGCUUUGACCUCUAAGGGGCAUGACAGUCCUCGGAGUAUUGUGAGAGGCUGUUCCUGGGUUAUAUUCCUCAGGUUGGCUCAAAUAAAAUUUUCUAUUUUUUCCUUA